AUGCCAAUCACGGAAGGCGCCCCCGCGCACGGCACCGUCGCGCAUCUGCUCCCCCAGACAUACAAGCGUAUGAUUGCGGAGUGGCUGGAAGAAGACACGCCGAGCUUUGACUACGGCGGCUUUGUGGUCGGGGAGGAGAUGGCGGAGGCGAGGUUGCUCGGGAAGAGCGAGGGCGUUCUGGCAGGCGUGCCUUUCUUUGACGAAGUCUUCAGGCAGCUGGAUUGCACGGUCGAAUGGCACAUUGCCGAAGGCGAAGCUUUCAAGCCUGUCAAGCACUGCGCAACUGUUCGAGGACCGGUGCGGAAGGUCCUGCUCGGCGAACGGGUAGCGUUGAAUACGCUUGCAAGGUGCUCGGGGAUCGCGACCAAAUCCUCCUCCCUCCUCGCCCUCCUCCGCAGCGCCGGCUACACCAACACCCUAGCCGGGACGCGCAAAACGACCCCCGGCUUCCGCCUCGUCGAGAAAUACGGCAUGCUAGUCGGGGGGUGCGACCCGCACCGCCACGACCUCAGUACCAUGACGAUGCUAAAAGACAACCACAUCUGGGCCUGCGCCGGCAGCAUCACCAAGGCAGUCCACGCCGCCAAAGCCGCUGGGGGCUUUUCCGUGAAAGUGGAGGUCGAAUGUCAGAGCUUCGAGGAGGCAGAUGAGGCCAUUGCGGCGGGGGCGGAUGUGGUUAUGUUGGAUAAUUUUAGCGGGGAGGAGGCCGGGCGGUGUGCGGGGCGGUUGAAGGAUAAGUGGGGGAGGGGGGAGAGGGGACGGGCGCUUGUCGAGGUUAGUGGGGGGCUGACGGAGGGGAAUGUUAGGGGGUAUGUAAAUGAGGAUGUGGAUGUGGUGAGUACGAGUAGUAUUCAUCAGGGGGUCAAGCAUGUGGACUUUUCGUUGAAGGUUGUGCCAAAGGGGAAGGGGAAGGAAGGGGAUGAGGGGGGUAAGGGGGAGAGUGUGGAAGUGUGA